UUAUUACAGUCGGAGGAUAUUGACUGACGGAAUCACUGUUACAGGAUAUUGCAGCAUGAAGAAGGAGCAGGUCGUAAACUGUCAGUUCUCCGUUUGGUAUCCGAUUUUCAAGAAACAUACGAUUAAAAGUUUGAUUCUUCCGCUGCCUCAGAAUGUAAUAGAUUACUUGCUGGACGAUGGGACACUGGUAGUCUCUGGAAGCGAUCACAACACACAGCAGACAAACACUAACAACAGCGAUUCAGAGGCGGAGGAAGACGUUCAGUGGUCAGAUGAUGAGACAACCACCACUGUCACUGCUCCAGAGUUUCCCGAAUUCACCUCGAAAGUGCUGGAGGCCAUAAACUCUCUGGGUGGACGAGUUUUCCCCAAACUGAACUGGAGCGCGCCGCGGGAUGCCAACUGGAUCGCCCUGAACAGCUCGCUGGAGUCUCGCAGCCUCAGCGACAUUUUCCUGCUCUUUAAAAGUUCAGACUUCAUCACGCACGACCUCACGCAGCCAUUCCUGCAGUGCAGCGACCAGGACUCUCCUGAUCCGGUCAUCAACUAUGAGCUGGUCCUGAGAAAGUGGAGCGAGUUGAUUCCUGGAGGAGAGUUUCGCUGCUUCGUCAAAGAAAACAAGCUGAUCGCCAUCUCCCAGAGGGACUACACGCAGUAUUACCAGCACAUCCUGAAGCAGGAGGAGCAGAUCCGGCAGGCCAUCGGGGAUUUCUUCAGCCAGCACGUCCAGUACAACUUCCUGGAUGAAGACUUUGUGUUCGACGUCUACAGAGACAGCCUGGGGCGGGUGUGGCUCAUCGACCUGAACCCGUUCGGGGAGGUGACCGACUCGCUGCUCUUCACCUGGGACGAGCUGACGUCGGGCGGCGACGUCGCCCAGCGGCAGGACGGCCCGGCCUUCCGCUACACCACCAGCGAGGUGACGGUGCAGCCCAGCCCCUGCCUCAGCUACAGGAUCCCGCGGGACUUCGUGGACCUGUCCACCGGCGAGGACGCCUACAAACUCAUCGACUUCCUCAAACUGAAGAAAAGCCAGCAGGAGGAGUCCGAAGAGGAGGAGGAGGAGGAGGAGGAAGAGGCUCCGCAGUGACUUCUGCGCCAUCGGCUCUGCGUUUAAUGUCGUCUGCAUGAAGUCUGAGUUUCUUUCUUUCUUUUUCGUGUACAUUUCCAAGUGUAACCAUGACUCUGUAACAAGGACAAAUUCCACCCGCUCCAUGUAGGACAGUCUGCUUUUUUACUUUAAAACUAGAAUGUUUAAAGUGUGUGUAUCUUUAUUACUGCCUCAGUAGUGCUAGAUUUAAACGACACACACACACACACACACACACACACACGUCUUUGUGUUUGUGUGUGUUUGAGUCCGACAGACGUCUCUGUUUAACCCUGCAGCCCUUCAUCGCCCUCCUGCAUCCCUCACUGCCAAUUUCCCCUGAGCAGGUCUGACACGCUCAUCGCUCCCCGCCCGGCUCCGGGCGCUUGUUUUUAACCCCCCCCCCCCCCCCCCCCCCACACCACCCUCCUCCUUCCCAUCAUGCACCGCUGUAAAACCGUCGCCGGGAAAAACACCAUUAAACUCCUUGUCGUGUAUCGACUGCGCCGUGAAAACCGGCACAUUAGAAAUUGAUUGCGCCUCGACGCAGCGGCUCUCAUUACGCCGGGAGCUAAAUGAGCCGUGCGUGUUUGGCGGCGGCGGCGGCGGCGGGGCAGUUCAUUUGCUGCCUCUCCUCCGCCGGAGUGAUGGAGCAAUUACAGGGAGACGGAAAGAGCUCCCGCGGACAGGAAGCGGCGCGCACAGCCACAGAUUGUGCGGACGCUUCACAUUAAUCAUCAUUAUUAUGGAAAUGGAACCUGGCUGUAAACGCCGCGUCCAGACGGCGGAGGCGUCCCGGCUCCGUCCCAGAGCCCACCGGGAAAUCUGCCGCCGUGGGAAGAAGAAGAAGAAGAAGAAGCGUCGGGAGAUGAAUCACAGUUUACAACCGGAAAUGUUAUCAGAUGCUGGACUGCGCUGCUUUACGCUGAUUAUGAGAAAUAGAAAAUAGAGGAGAAUCUGUUCAGAUGAGAUCAGAAACAUGGAACGAAGAAGAGAAAAUGAGUCCAAAAAAAAUUAAGCAAAAAAAAACUGAAAGGUGAAAUAAA